AUGAACAUGAUUGAUUUGAUUUACGUUAAAUGCUCUCCCAAAUAUGAUUGUGCUCUUAAAUAUGUAGUAAACUCGCUGCCACUUCUGACCUCCAUCUGUUCAAGCCGAAAGCUGCUGUGUUCACCCCUCCACGAGAAUAUCUCCCGGUGCAACAAUUCCAUCGCCAUUGACGAGCGACAGCCCUACAAUCUUGGUCAAGCUCAACAAAUCUCCGUUCGAGACGUGAUCACUACCAACGAACAACGAGCGCCAUAG